GGCCGCAGCCGCGUCAUGUCCACGCCUCCGUUGGCGGCAUCGGGGAUGGCGUCCGGGAUGGCGCCCGGGCCCUUUGCGGGUCAGCAAGCACAGCAGGCCGCCCGGGAGGUCAACACGGCGUCGCUCUGCCGGAUCGGGCAGGAGACGGUGCAGGACAUCGUGUACCGCACUAUGGAGAUCUUUCAGCUCCUGAGGAACAUGCAGCUGCCUAAUGGUGUCACUUACCACACUGGGACAUACCAAGACCGGUUAGCAAAACUCCAGGAUCAUCUUCGGCAACUUUCUAUCCUCUUCAGGAAGCUGAGACUGGUCUAUGACAAAUGCAAUGAGAACUGCGGAGGGGUGGACCCCAUUCCAGUGGAGCAACUUAUCCCAUAUGUGGAAGAAGAUGGCUCAAAGAAUGACGACCGGGCUGGCCCGCCACGUUUUGCUAGUGAAGAGAGGCGAGAAAUUGCCGAAGUAAAUAAAAAACUCAAACAGAAGAAUCAACAGCUGAAGCAAAUUAUGGAUCAAUUACGAAAUCUCAUCUGGGAUAUAAAUGCCAUGUUGGCAAUGAGGAACUAGACUGAUAUUUAAAUUUCCUGCUUUAUACAUGCUGUACCUUUUGUUGCCAUGAGUAUUUUUUCCUUCUGAAGAAGAGUGUUUAUCUGCUUUCUUUCCAGUCACUAGAAUUAAGUUGCUGUUUUUACAUUGUGGUUUUGCAUUACAACAUUCAUUUAAUAGUUUUAUAAUGUUGAUUCUAAGACAGAUUAUUGUAAUAUACGAUAGGGUUUGGGUUUGGGUUAAUUUUUAUGAACUGAGAAGUUGUUUUAUAAAAGCAAAAUAAUUUAGUUUUGUAAAUAAAUUUU